AUGAUUGGCGGCGAGCGGUUAUACCAUAGAAAUUUGCAUCAGAGAAUAUUCCGCCCAGCUGCGUUUACUGUCCUGCCUGGACCACCUGCGACUGUAACGAAAAAGCCUGGUAUUAGCUUCUUAAGAGAUUUCAAUAUGUCGAGAAAUCAAUCGCAUUGGCCUGCUAGCAGAGUGCGUGAGACUUUUCUACGAUAUUUUGAAGGGAAGGGACACAUAAGAGUACCUUCGUCUUCUGUGGUUCCUCACAAUGACCCGACUCUUCUCUUUACCAACGCUGGUAUGAACCAAUUCAAGCCAAUUUUUCUGGGUACAGUAGGGAAUACGGAUAAUAUGUCCCGAUUGAAGAGGGCUGUGGAUACGCAAAAGUGUAUUCGUGCUGGAGGCAAACAUAAUGAUCUGGAUGAUGUAGGGAAGGAUACUUAUCAUCAUACUUUUUUUGAAAUGCUAGGUAACUGGUCUUUCGGCGACUAUUUUAAGCCUGAAGCUGUGCAGAUGUCAUGGGAGUUAUUAACGAAGGUUUAUGGGCUUGACCCGGAACGAAUUUAUGUCACUUAUUUCGAAGGUGAUACGUCUAUGGGACUUGAACCAGACAUGGAAAUAAAGUCCUUAUGGAAAGAUGUCGGGGUCCAUGAAGAUCACAUAAUACCUGGAAAUGUAAAAGACAAUUUUUGGGAGAUGGGGGAACAAGGUCCCUGUGGUCCAUGCAGCGAGAUCCAUUACGACAAAAUUGGAGGAAGAAAUGCUGCUCAUCUAGUAAAUAUGGACGAUCCUAACGUGUUAGAAAUAUGGAACAAUGUUUUUAUUCAAUUCGAUAGGCAAAAAAAUGGGACCCUUAAACCGCUACCAGCAAAGCAUGUGGAUACUGGCAUGGGAUUUGAAAGAUUAGUAUCUAUACUACAAAAUAAAUCCUCAAACUACGACACGGAUGUCUUUCGUAUCAUAUUUUCGAGGAUUCAAACAGUCACGAACGCAAGGCCAUACUCAGAUAAGUAUGGAAAUGACGAUGUCGACGGUAUUGAUACAGCUUAUCGUGUUAUUGCUGACCAUCUCCGUCUACUUACAUUUGCCAUAUCUGACGGCUGCGUUCCAAAUAAUGAAGGACGUGGAUACGUAGUUCGAAGAGUACUCCGGCGUGGCUCACGAUACGCCAGGAAGUACUUUAAUGUUGAGAUCGGAUGCUUCUUUUCCAAGAUACUACCAACACUUGUCUAUCAGAUGGGUGGUGAGUAUCCAGAACUCGUCAGGAGAGAGCAGAACGUGAAGGAGAUUCUAGACGAAGAAGAAGAAGCCUUUGCAAGGACACUUGAUCGUGGGGAAAGAAUGUUUGAAAAGUAUGCAGCUCAUGCCAUUCAAACAGACUCCAAGAAACUUUCUGGCGCUGAUGUCUGGCGUCUUUAUGACACCUUUGGAUUUCCAGAGGACUUGACCAAAAUUAUGGCCGAGGAAAGGGGACUCGAGACUGACGAAAAUGAGAUACGAGCUGCCCAAAAGUUAGCACGUGAAGCUAGCAAAUCGGUGAAAGAGAUUGUGCUCACUUUUCCUAAGCUUGACGUCCACCAAAUUUCUCAAAUUGAUAAAAUGGGUCUAAAGCAGCCAGAUGAUAGUGCUAAAUACCGAAAAGGUGAUAUUAAUGGCAACGUUGAGCUAAUAUAUAACGGAAAAGCCUUUUUAAGGUCAACCGAGACUAUCCCGAUCGGAACACCAUUCGGUAUAAUAUUGGAUAGAACUAACUUUUAUGCCGAGCAAGGGGGCCAAAUAUCUGAUACCGGGAAAAUUCUCAUUGACGGGGUUGUAGAAUUUAAAGUAUUGGAUGUACAGAUAUACGGACGCUACAUUGUCCACAAUGGAUACCUUGAGUACGGGACUCUGAAGUCUGGCGAUGAGGUUAUUUGCGAAUAUGAUGAGUUUCGGCGGCAAUCGAUUCGUAGUAACCAUACAGCUACUCACAUUCUUAACCACUCACUGAGAGAACAUUUAGGUGACGAUAUCAUCCAAAAAGGAUCAUUGGUUGAUAACGAUAAGCUUCGAUUUGACUUUUCGCACAAAGCAGCAAUCACUAAUGCUGAACUUUUGAAAGUGGAAAACUCUUCAAACAAGUACAUCAGACAGAAUUGUAAGAUCUACACCAAAGAAGUCGAUCUAGAGAUCGCUAGAAAUAUCGAAGGAGUGCGGGCUGUUUUCGGAGAGACAUACCCAAACCCUGUCCGCGUAGUGUCUGUUGGCGUUGACAUAGACACACUUCUUGAAGAUGUGAGGAACCCAGAAUGGAAAAAUAUCAGUGUAGAAUUCUGCGGAGGAACGCACGUUGAACAGACUGGCUUAAUCAAGGAUCUUGUAAUUGUAGAAGAGAGUGGGAUUGCAAAGGGAAUUCGAAGAAUCAUUGCCUACACUGGUGAUGCCGCCCAUGAGGUACAGCGUUUAGCGAUAGAAUUCUCAAAGCGCAUUGAAAUCUUGGAAAAAAUGCCCCAUAGCUCUCAAAAAGAAGAAAUUGUAAAACUCACCCAACAAGAUCUCAAUAAACUCACAAUCUCUGCACUGACAAAAGAAACGCUUAAAAGUCGAUUUUCAAAAGUUCAAAAGGACAUUCUUGACGAGCAAAAGAAGAAGCAAAAAGCGGAAUCGAAGAUCGCACUAGACACGGUGAAUGAAUACUUUUCUCUACCUGAGAAUAAUACUAGCAAAGCUUACAUCGGAAAACUCCCGAUUUCUGCCAAUCUCAAAGCUAUUACAGAUGUUAUGAAUCAUUUUAAAUCCAAGGAAAAAGAUAAGACUGUCUACUUAUUUGGUGCUAAUCUUGAAGAAAGCAUAGUUGUUCACGGUGUUUACGUUGGAACUGAACAUUCAUCCAAAGGUAUUACUGCUGAAUCAUGGUCUGCUGUUGUAUCUAAUAUAGUUGGUGGUCGCAAUGGUGGCAAAGAGCCAACACGUACUGGUCAGGGUACGAAUCCAGAUAAGAUUGAAACAGCCAUCACUUUUGCAAAAAAGUGGCUUUUAGAACAGUUGGAGAAAUGA